AGUAUGUAUUGUGAGCAUUCUUCAUACUCGCCAUCUUCUCACCUGUAUAUACUCAUCAUCACCGCUUGGGUCUGAGUAGUGGGGCUCAGGCUCGAGGGCAAUAAAGAAGAGUCUUGCGGCCUGAACGUUGUCUCACAAGUGGUGGAUUGUGCUGUCCGGUCCCUCAGUCCUCUCGCUCUACUGGUGCCCCUACGACUUCCGCUACAACACACCCCUGGAGCUCCGUUCAGGUGGCCGUUUGCACCAACAGACCUCAGCAAUGUCGCAAGACGAGCGCUCCAACCCUGGCGCAUCUACGACGCCUGCCCCAACGGGAACUCCUUCUUGUUUGGUCACCACACCCCAGAAGGAUCCACCGGUGUUCGCUGGCCUUCGUGGGGACGACGUUGAAGACUGGUUGGAGCAGUAUGAGCGCGUGAGUUCACUCAACCACUGGGACGACUCUGCCAAACUCACUCGCGUCGCCUUCUACCUGACGGGUGUAGCCAAGACUUGGUUUUUUAACCACGAGCUGGACUUCGUGGAUUCGACCUCAUUUAAACACGAGUUGCGGGAGAUUUUCGCGAACCCUUCAAUCCGCUCAGACAUCGCCAAAAAGAAGUUAGCCGAGCGUGUUCAGCAAACCGGCGAGUCCUACACUUCUUACAUAGAAGAUGUCCUCGCUCUUUGUCGCCGCGUGAACAACUCAAUGACGGAGAAUGACAGGGUCCGCCACCUGCUCAAAGGCAUUGGGGCUGCGGCAUUCAAUGCCCUUGCAGUGCAGAACCCCACUACAGUCUCAGAAGUCGUCGCCACGUGUCAGCGCCUUGAUGAACUCCAUCUACUACGUCUGCAGCCUGACACAACUCAUCUGAGCGCAACCAAUGACAGCGAGCUACGCGCGUUGAUUCGUUCCAUCAUACGUGAGGAACUUCAAGCACAAGCUAUGUCUUGCCCACUCGAGCUCCGUACGACGUCUUCUGGCAGCAGCCUCCGCAACAUCGUCAGGGAAGAACUCGUUGCCAUGACGUGUGCGGAAGUUCCCAGGCAUGACCCUCUACCUGCGCCAACUUACGCCCAGGUUGUAGCUUUCGCACCUCCUCAACAGACACAACCCCACGCGACCACAAUGCACGGUUCGGUGAAUGUUCUGUCACCACGAACGUCGCUUCCGCCUGCCAACGCCUGGCGCCCUCCUCGGCCAGUUUGCUGUUAUUGUGGAGUCCGUGGCCAUAUUACCAGGUUUUGCCGACGCCGUCAACAGGACGAAAGACGGGGCUACGACUCCUAUGAAAGAGACGAGUUUCGUGCUGCGGUUCCGCAACAUGGUCGCUCCUACCAAAGUUAUGAACGUCGCUCACCAUCUCCGCAGAGCCUCGACGGUGCCGCUGCUUCUCGUUUCCCGCGUCGCCGCUCUCCGUCACCGACGCGCCGCUCGUCUUCUCCCCUUCGACCAGCUAAUUCGUCCCCGGGCCAUCGCCCGGAAAACUAAAUAGUGCAGCUUCGGGAGGGAAAGCUGCAUCAUUCGGGCUAUGUGAAACUCCUCCGCAGCGGCCCUCAAAUGUACUGUUGCAUUGGUAUACACGGGUGCAGCGCUUUCCGUCAUUAGUAUUGAACUGUGUUCACGCUUGCGAAAAGUAAAAACGCCGUAUACUGGACCUCCCCUUCGGUGUGCCAAUGAAGUUCUUGUUCAGCCCGUUGGUGUGUGCACAGCGCGAGUUUUCAUCGAUGGCAUACUUCAUCACAUUCAGUUUCUCGUGCUGUCGUCAUGUACCCACGAACUUAUCUUAGGAUGGGACUUUCUUUCUUCAGCGUCGGCCGUGAUAUCUUGUCAUCAGCGAGAAGUUCAUAUGACGGACACGGAAUUUUCAUCUGAUGACGAUGCUCGAAAACUGCGUUUGGUCACGGCGGCCGAUUGCUCCAUUUCACCUGGCAAUGAGAAUGUUGUGACGUUGACGUCUGAUACCAUCCUUAAUGGUGACGUGUUUCUCGCUCCAUGCGAUCGCUGGAUAUCUGGUGGCAUUGUAAUUGCGCCUAGCUUGGUCAGGUUUCAUGACAGCCGAGCGUUGGUCACUGCACGCAACACUACAUCUCGGCCAUUUCUUCUGUCCCAAGGUACCGUUGUGCCGGUGCAUUUUGCGCGUGUAAUUUUGAACUAUGCAUACCGCUCAAAAGUGUGCCUCCUGUGCGGUGUUCGAAUCUGAAGAGCGCUGUAUAUUUAUUCCACAGCUGCAGGUAUAAUAAUAAUAAUAAUAAUAAUAAUAAUAAUAAUAAUAAUAAUAAUAAUAAUAAUAAUAAUAAUAAUAAUAAUAAUAAUAAUAAUAAUAAUAAUAAUCAAUCAAACGUUUAUUUAAUGUGCCCAGGAACAACCGUAAGGUCUUUGUACUGGCGCACGAAAAAAAACAAAAAAAAACAAAAAAAAAACAAAUGCAAACAUUAAUAAUAAAAUAUGAGGGAUAAAAAACGUUUUAAAAUUGCACAUAUACAACUAUGCGCAGGCAGACAAAAAGAUGUCAACAGUGUACGAGGCUAUGUAAGUACAGUGCGAAGCUCGGAGCAGAACAACGACUGGGAGCUGUGAAAAACAUCGAGCUCCAAAAAAUAACACGCAGCGAAGAAGUGCUAAUCUGCAGUGGAAACUUCUUCUAUGGAUUCCGUGACAUAGCGAGGGAGGUCACGUGAUCCAACCCUGCACAUCACAAGGAUUGCAGCGCCCGCGUCUCCAGUGGUAAGCCUCGCGCCCAAUAUGCGGUGUCCAGGAUUUGCUACGGUCGACACGAGCAUUCUCGUAAAUGCCUGCUUGUUGCGCCUUCGGGUGCUCCACCCAGUCGGGAAAAGGGUUGGCUCUCUUUUCUGUGCCUCUUGGAAAGCACGACAAGACAAGGCGUAAAGCGUGGUUGCACAGAAUAGGACGGAAGAACUUCAAGCCGACUAAGUCGAGCAAGCUGUGCGAGCGUCAUUUCACUGAUGACCAGUUCGAGCAAACCAUCUUAAGAAGCUUUGGAACAAAAAAACUCAAAUGUUCUGCUGUGCCAUCUAUAUUUUCCCACCGGCCAGAGAAGCGCCCUAGGAAAGCACCACACCCUCGAGGCGCUGGCAAGCAGACAGUAAUGUCUCCUGCCAUUGUUCCACUUCCUGGCUCUGAUAUGUUGCAACCGGCUGCUGGAGUUGUGCCUACUCUUGAGACAGCCGCAACAAUGCCCAGUAACGACGCCUUGCACCUGUCAACCGCAGCUGUGCCAGUCAUUGAUGAGGCAGUUGGUGAAUCACAUACUGAAGACCUGCAGCAAGAUGUUGAUGAAAAUGUGCAGAACGUGAUCCUUGAACCACCCAGGGAGAGUAUGACGUGUGCAUCCAAGAGUACACAAAAAAUAUCAUCUGCUUCAUUCUCCAGAAAUGGUCUGUGUAGCAGUGAACCACCUACAAAGAAAAUGCGGCUCAGUAUUCUACGAGAUAUAACUGUGCCUGUUCAAUCUGCAGUGCCAUGUCCAAAAGGUCAGUGCUACGUCUACGCAUGA